UGGAAAAGACCAUUCUGCUUAUAUAUUAAGUGAGAACGUGAAAGAGCCUCACAGAAAAUAAUUCGAAGUCCUCUUAGUAAAACACUAAAACCAUAUCUACAAAAAUAAAUAGUUACAGUAACCAAUAAUGCGCUUUGUUCUCAAGCUCAUCAUCAACUGACUACACGUUGAUUGGUUUAUGGGAAAGGCUCGAAUCUACCAGCGAGAUCUGACUAGUUAAAAUGGGGAGGACGACAUGGUUCGACGAUGACGGGAUAAAGAAAGGGGAGUGGACGGCGGAGGAAGACCGGAUGCUCGUCGCUUACAUCAAAGAACAUGGUCUUGGGGACUGGCGUACCCUGCCUAAGAGAGCCGGUCUGCAAAGAUGUGGAAAGAGUUGUAGAUUAAGGUGGCUGAAUUAUUUGAGGCCUGGAAUUAAAAGAGGCAAGUUCACUCCUCAGGAGGAAGAAGAUAUCAUCAAAUUUCAUUCUCUUCUUGGAAACAGGUGGGCCGCAAUAGCAAAGCAAAUGCCAAACCGAACAGACAAUGACAUUAAAAAUCAUUGGAACUCAUGUCUAAAGAAAAGACUCGUUAGAAGCGGGAUCGAUCCCAUGACCCAUAAGCCUACCGUCAACGUUGCCAAAGCCACUUCCUCCUCAACGUCGUCGUCUACAGCACCGACCCCUUCUUCGUCCUCUGCUACUUCUUCCUCUUUUUCCUCCACAGGCUCUGCACGUCUACUUAACAAGCUUGCUGCUGGAAUCUCGUCGAGAAAACAUGCACUCGAUAGGAUCAAGAACGUCAUCAUGUCGAAACCAAGACAAGCCGUUGAAGAAGACGAGAUGAUGAUAGGCAGCAAGGAAGAUGAGGAAGUGACUGGUUGUUCCAUGGAGAUCGAUGAGAAUCUGAUCUGUCCGACGUCGUUUGAUGAGUUUUUAACGUGUGACUUCACUCCUACCUAUACAACUGGCUUCGUGGAUGCUUUUGAUGACCACUCAUUAGUCGAGCCGUACGAUCUAUACCAAUCUGAUUUCUAUCAUGAGACUAGUGAUGAUCAACUUGAUCUGUUCCUCCUUUGAAAUUCACUCUCUUGGACACGUUUUUCCUUGAUGUAUUUCUUCUUUUUUGUUCUGCAUCCGUUAGUUCAGUGUGACGGAAGAGAGAGGUUUCUGAAAAAGGCAAGUACUCAUCAGUACUAUGAGUGACAUGUAUGGUCAAUGUUUCUGAGUUUUGACUGUUAACCUCUCUUUUUUAAAGUCGAUUACCUCUCUCUCUUA